UCAGUCUUGAGGCUGCCACCGGAGCGGUUGUCUCUCUCCCGUGCUAAGCCAGUGUUAGUCUGUGCUCUUGUUCGUGAGCAUCAACUCGCUCUCGAAACUCUCGGCACGGGGACUUGAUCUUUUUUUGUUAUUGUUGUUGUUGUUUUAAAAACAAAAGUGGACAACUUCACGUGGACAUUUCAGUGUUGCUAGCCGCUAAGUUGCUGCUGUUCUAUUUCUUUCUCGGCCACGUAUCCGAAAUAAAAAUCAAGAAAAAACAAUACGGCUGAAACGAUUAGCUGUCAAGAGCUCGCUAACCUUCCUAAUCUAGCACGGGGGAAAGUAAAGCAUGUCCAGUAGAUCUCCGUCCAUGUCUACGAUGGAAAUUGAAGAGAGCAGCGACACGAGUCACGAAGUUCGUAACACAAAAUCACGCCACCAUCGUCCAGCUUCAACUCACCAGCAAAAGAGUCGGCAAAUCGGUCGCAAUUUUGCGCAUCCUCCACCCAGUCCGGUCGGUUCAAUGUCUUACGGCGUUAUGCCAGGCGGGGUCUACAUCAGCGGGUCGCCUUACUCAACAUCGGUGAUAGAUCAUCCAGCUACCGGAAGCGUGCCAGCCUAUUCUAUGUGGGGUAGCGAUUCUUCGCAACUCUACCGGCCGGGUAGCGGUGGCAAAGAUGUCAGCGAAAAGAAGCAAGUGUGCAGCACUUUGCUCAUCACCACAGCCGCUUUGGUCGUGAUGGCCGUACUUGCCAUUGCCGCCGUUGCUGCUUAUCUUGGAGUUAUGACUAACCACUCGGACGGAGAUAAAUAUGAAAUUGAAUUUGAUUGUUCCCUGCGAAUCAGUCGAGGUGAUAACUUCCGUCUCAGUCUCGCCGAUCCUGCUAGUCCACAAUUCCGCACGAAAUCCGAUCGCUACCGACGUCUGAUUGACAGUGUGUACAAGGCUAGUCCGUUAUCCGAAUCUUACCGGCGGUGCUCCGUGGAGCGUUUCACCAACGGCAGUCUGAUUGUUCACUUCCGACUGUUCUUCGAUCGUCGUAAGAUCCCAGUUCAAAUCGGUGAAACGGAAUCAUCCGUCAGGGACGUCAUGGUUCAAGAGGUGAUGGCCGUCGAGCCAGUUGCUUUUAAGGCCGUUGCGGUCGACAUCGACAGCAUCAAAGUUGAAAGACAUAUCCCACCACCAGCCAUGCUAAGCCAGGGUCCAAGAUCACGUUUGCAGAUCGCCGACGUAGUUGAAGAGGAGGACGAUGUUGACGAAGACAAAGAGAACUCGCUGGACAACGAACCUGUUCCACAAAUCGAUUUUGAAGAUGACGUCGCGGAAAACCCAUCGAAUACCACCGAAGAUGAAAGUUUAUUCACCACCGACGCCGACGUCGAUAUCAACAGUGAGAAUAGCAAUCAUCACAGCGUGGAGCGCACCACCGAAUCAUCCCUUCCGACGGAAAAAUUAACAACCACGGCAGUCAGAAUUGUUGCUGUCGAGACCAGGCAAACAACCGCGAGCGCCGUCGUCGUUCCAACACAAGAUCCCCAGUUGACUUACGACGACACUGAAUGGAAACCACUGUUUGUAAACACUCGAACAAACACCGGCAGUUCAUUGGCGAGGCCUUCGACAGCGACCACGAUGACUCCGCUCAAGCCGCCAGUUUCCGUGGCCACGCAUAAUCAUUCGCCAGCUCAUGAAGAUGACCCCGACAUCUAUAAAAUCGGCCUCGAGAAUCACGCGCUUGAGCCGGCCGUGGCUUACGACAUCGCCGAAGAAAAAGGUCACCAACUGACGACGCAUUUACCACCGGACGUCAAACAAGACCGAAUUAUUGCAAACAUCGCGCAGGAUGGGAGUAAGGACGUGGCUGUGGACGAGGAUGAAACACCAACGGCUGAAGUUACUUCUCCAGCAACCCCAACGAAAUUCUCUUUCCUCCAAUGGUUCAAUUCACAAUUGAAUAACGUGAAAUUAGCUCAGAAUCGACAGCAGUUAGAUAAUUCUACUACGGAUAUUGCUGUGUCUAAUGGCCCUACUUCUCCUUCCCGUUUCUUUACGAUUAAACCGACCGCUGUGUCCUACACGGGCAUCCAGCCCAUUAUGCGACCUAAACCGUGGGAAGAAAAUUCAACUGACGCGACCCGACCGGAUUUUCAAACCCUUCCGAUUGGGCCCCUAUCCGUGGCUGGAUUCAUCGUAUCGACUAUGAAUAGAAGCAACACCGACGUUAUCCUCCCGCAAUCUUUCCAAGUACAAACAUCGUUGACCCUGGCUAAUGAUCGUGAAAAACUGGUGGAAAGUCCGCGCUCUCAAAAAUCGUUCCCUCUGCCUGACACUGCCCUCGUUGGCAAACAGUCGCCAGACACGACGCGCAAUCCGAGAGAAUUGAAUUCUGAACGACAAGAGCCAGUAGAGUCAUUGACAGAUUUCUUCCCGCCCGUUAGACGACCCCUUCCGCGACCGCAGGUGAGCAAAAGCGGCGCGAUGCAACGGGACAAUUUAUCUGCCAGCCUGCCGAUCGAAGGUUUGUUUAGCACCUCGAAACCUCAAGGCAGCCAUGCGGCGGAGAGCAGCAAACAUCGCAGCAACAACAACUCUCCCAUCUACACGUUUAAAUUGAAUCAAGGCCAAAGCGUCCACGACGUCCUGUCGCAAUUGUUGGCGGACUUAACCGUUGGCGAAUCACCGGCCCAAGUGGAAGUAGAUGGAGCCGCCCCGUCGCUAACGCUGGUCCAGCAACAAGAGCAACUGGAAAAUAAUGACAUGAAGAAUAAGGCCAGCAAUAAGAAAGUCGAUGACGACCGGUUGAAACCUUGGACGCAUAUGCCUUUCCGACCGCCCGCUAUUUUGAACGCCCUUUAUCAUAAUACACGCAAUCCCAACUCGAGUAACAGCAAUAGUGCCAAUGUCGAGGUCAGCACGCCGACCGUUGUCACGUCAGCCGCGCCUUCUUUUUCAGAAUGAGGACACCAGCGUCACGACGUCCACUGAGAUCGCGACCAACGGACUCACAUCCAGCACUCAACAGCCUGUCACCAGCUUUCCCGCGGAAUUGACGACAACAGUAGCAGAUUGUGACGAUCAAUUUCGAUGUGCGAGCGGUGAAUGCGUGUCGCUGUUGGCGCGCUGCAAUCAGAUGAGCGACUGCCGUGAUGGAUCGGACGAAUUAAAUUGCACCUGUUCCGACUUCCUGCGCGCUCAGUUCUUG